AUGGUGCAAUUACAAAGAUAUAUAUUUAAGAGAAAUCUUAAUACAAUUAAAAAAUAUGGUAUGACAAAGGAUUCAAUAGGCUCAACAAAACAAUUUUUUAAAAAUUUACCAAAGGUUCCAAUGACAAAAUAUCUUGAAAGAACAGAAUUGUCAAAAGAUAUGUUAUAUUGUGGUUAUAGACCAAUUAUUUAUCCAGUGAAACAAAAUCCUUUGUUUCGUAAUAAAGAAAAUUUAAUAAUUGAUUUUUCAUUGCAAGAUAAACAAAAAUUAAAUUUAUUAAAUAAAAAAAAUAUUGAGGAUUCAAAUGAUUUAUUAUUUGGUAAAAAUAAUUGUGGAGGGAUAAGUACUUGUGGUGUUAAUGGAAUUUGGAAAUAUAGUCCAACUAUAUCAUCAAAUAAUUUACCAUUAAAUAUUUGGAAUAGUUCAUGUAUGGUAAUGCAGAUUUAUAAAGAAUGGGAUAAUAUACCACAUGAUAUUACAAAAAGAUUAAAACCGUUUGAUCGAGGUUGA